CAGUUGAUGUUUAAUGUGACAGAUGUUGUUGAAAAAACUGACUGUAAUAAAACUGUCAUUUUACCCUGCCAUGUGAUUAAUCUAAAGGAGAACAAUGCAGAUAUCAUGUUUGUUACGUGGAAAAGACAAGGAAAAAGAAUUUUCUCUUUUGAUGGAGCAGGAAGAAAGUCUUUAAGAGAUCCAGCAGUUCCAUCAGCUAACUUAGUAUCUGAGGCGGAUUUACCCAAGGGUGUUGCCUCUCUAAGGCUUAACAGUGCAGAAGCAGUUGUUGGAAAUUACAGUUGUGAAGUAACAGAAUCAAACAGAGAAGGAGAAACAAGAGUUGAACUUAGGAAAUACUCAGUUGUCAGUUGCGGCGAGGAAAGUACCCCAACACCAAAGGAAAAAUGUGGAUCAUGGUUUCUUCUAGUGGAAAGGGCUAUCAUCAUAAUGUUGCUGUUCUUAGUUAUUAUUUUGUGUUCGGCUCAGUUAAUUGUUAUUGCAUUAAAAUAUGAAAUUGCACCUCAGAAGAGAAUGGGUGUUAUUGUAGCAGGUGUCAUCUCCACAGUUGCUGCUGUUGUAGGCACUGUUCUUUUUGUCCAAGAUGGCUAUACUGCACAGAAUCAAGCUGGUCUUGGCCUAAUUGUUGUCCCUGCUGUGAUUUUGGUACCGCUUCAAUACUUUAUGUUUGGAAUGGUAUUCGAUAGUCUGCCACAAGCAACAUUUGCUCUGAUAGGUUUCCAAAUUCUUGGUUAUAUAAUUGCUGUGGUUGGGUUUGCACUGUGUGUCUCAGCUUGUCCUCCAAUACAUGGGUCUGUUGUCGUUGCUGGCUUAGCUAUUAUGGCUAUUGCAAGUUUGCUUAGUCUGGCUUACGUGUUUAUUAUGGGUUCCAGAAUGAAAGAUCAUCCUCGUCCAGGGAAAGCUGUAGAAGAACCACUAAAUGAACUGCGGAGUUAUGUGAUAUGUGAAAAGUACACCGUUGUUGAUACACCGUGGCCUUGA